UGUUUCUCAUUGGCCCGAACACGUUCACGCAUACACUGACACACGCAGUGUGUUGUGUGUUUGCUUUGAGCAACAUUCAAAGGUUGGACGAAUCGCAUGUGACUAGCAGCAAGAAGUUACAAACAUAAAUUAGUUUAAGUUCGACGGCUCUCGAGUGAAGACGUAGAAUAGUCAAGGAACGAACCGGAAUACUGAUUUGACUUAAUCUUCUGUGUUCUCAACUGUUUGAAGCAACAAAAAAUAAACUGAGGACUUUAUAGUGAAGAAAAAUAAAUCAGUUUUGUGAACUGUUUGAAGGAGAAAAAAAACAAGAAGAAUUUAUUUGAAUAAAAAAGUUCAACCAAUUUUAAAUCAAGUUCAACAAAGUGAGCUAUUUGAAAAAAAAAAAAAAAAAAUCAAAAUGAAUAAAUGUGAAAAGAAACGGGAAAAUGGAGUAUCGACUUUAUUAUCGACCAUGGCACUAGUACCUUCGAAAUCCAACUUUUCAAUCAACACAAUUUUACCCGAACUUAUGGAUCGUGAUACGUCGGCCGAAGCAUCACCAGUACCAUCAGCUGAAUCCGAUGCUGAUAAUGCAUCCACCGAUGGUGAUGUUAAUGUGGAUUACGAAUCAGACAUGGAAGAUGCUCCAUCAACAACGGACAAUGCAUCAAAAUCUGGUGAUGAAAAAGGCGACGACGACAAAUCAAAAUCGGACAAAAAGGAUGGCAGCACAAAGCAUGAGAAGCCAUCGUUCAGUUACAAUGCAUUGAUCAUGAGUGCAAUUCGAGAAAGCAAAGAAAAGCGGCUCACCUUAAACGGAAUCUACGAUUAUAUCAUGAAGAAGUAUCCAUUCUAUCAGGAAAAUAAGCAAGGCUGGCAAAAUUCGAUUCGUCACAAUUUGAGUUUGAAUAAAAUUUUCCUGAAAGUGCCACGCCACUAUGAUGAUCCAGGCAAAGGUAACUACUGGAUGUUGGACCCAUCGGCCGAUGAUGUUAUUGUUGGCAGCAAAUUGCGCCGUCGCUCAAAAGUCGCAUCACGAUCACGUAUGGCCGCCUUCAAUCGUGCACCAAUCUUUCCACCAAUGGGCUAUCCAAACUUUGGCAAUUAUUUCUAUCAACAACAAGCCGCUGCCGCUGCUGUUGCCUCAAAUCCAGCUGCAUUGAUCCAAGCUAUGUACAAUCGUUAUGGUUACAAUGGUUAUGGAUCGAAUCCAGCGAUUGCUGCUGCCGCAGCUGCAAUGCAACCACGCGCCAAUCUUCCGUCGCUGCCUCUAGGAAUCCCACCAAAUUUCGCAAUGGAUCGUCUGAUGGGCCAUCCAGGUCUUGCAUCCAAUCUUGUUUUAUCACCUUCGAUGAACGGUAGCAAUGGUGCACACCAUACACCUGCCGAAAUCUAUCAAAGACUCCAUUACCAACAACAAUUACUCCAACAACAUCAAUCUCAUCUUCAACACCAUAGUCCACCCAUCGAAACCACCGACAUUCUCUCAGCGUCAGCCCAACAGCAGCAACUCUUUAAACCUGUCGUCGUUUCAAGGCAAAGUUGAAUGGAUUGUGGCCCGUAGUUAAAUUAAAUUAGACGAAAUAUAUUAAUUAUGUGUAUGUGCGUGAGCGCGCGCGUGCGCGUGUAUCCAGUUUCGUUUUGUACAAAAGAGAGAAAGAAAGAAAAUAGAAACGAAAACGCAACAACUGGACACGACAACCCCAUUCUCAUGUUUUAUUAUAAUUUGUAAUUGAUUGUUUAAAGUAAAUUUGUAAUUGAACAUAUAUGGUAUAUUAAAUUAAUAGAGAAUAAUGUGAUAUUUAUGUGAUUAAGGAUUAUCUAGAUAUGAUUCGGUGGUCGACA